GCUGAGAGGAAAUCACAAAGCUUCCAUUGAGCAAAGAUGAGUUCGUUUUCUUUCAAACAGGUUCUUCUCGUUUUCUUCUGCUACAAGAUAUUAUCAGGUACGAUUUUUGAAGUUCAUUUUAUUUUUAAGUGCAUCUCCUUUCAUUCUUUCUACAAAACGACGUAGUCACUUUCCUGACCCGCGGUAAAAUGCUACAAACAGGGCUUCAGACAGAGUCAAUUCUCUUGAGAGACAAGAUAGUUUUUUUCCUCCUUUGCAAAACGGUUAGUUGCUUACUUCAAAAAUUCUACUCUAAUUCAUGCCAAACUAUUUCGCUUAAUUUAAUUUGAAAUUCAAGAAAAUAUUUGUAAGAAACUUUUAAUGGAUUGAAUUUUCGAAACAAAAAACACAAUACUCGCUGACAUGCCUUUUUAGUAAGCUCCACGCGUAUAUCAGCCAGAAUGGUACCCAGCUUACAUGGCAAGUUGGCAUUGACACACUGGUACAACUCCACAUGCAGAAAAUCAACCCUAGGUUUGAUAUAUCUAGGGCAAAUGAAACUGAUACAUUGACCGACGUUUGAGAUACUGGAUUUUAAAGUCAGAGUUAUGAGUCAAAAAUAUAUCAGCUGCUGUUAAAGUAGUUCUCCCUGAAUUUCUCAGAUUUAGCACGCCUUCCUGGAUGUGGAUUUGGGUCAUGGUAUCACUGUAAUGUUACCCCAGCUCUCUCCAGUCUGAAGUCUAUGAAAUUAUUUUUUCUGGUCCCAGAAAAAUGCAAAACUCGAAAGAAUCUUCGAUUUUCCAACCAAAUCUGCUCUGCGACUUGUUUACUUUUUGCCUUGGCGGAAAAAAUCUUUCCCAUGUAGUUUAUUAAAACAUUCAUUGAAACUAACAUUUUCCCUUCUUUUCUUUAGGAGAGGCCACAUGGCACAAAUUAAAUUUUGGUCCUCCUGCUUGCUUUGAGGCCAGAAAUAAUCGUCCAGGUUACGUCACCUACCGAGGCUUGCAAGGCAUUCUGGUUGGUGCCUUGAAGCUUGUGCACAGGUCAGGCCACGUGCGAUGCGUCUCGGAUGUCGCUUUCAACAGUCGCUGGGGUUGCCAUGAUUACAGUUCUCUCAAGGCGAGCCCACUGAAUGUGGUUAUCACUGAUAAGCAGAACAACCUGAUCUUUCCGCUGCCGCAGUUUAUCAAAUAUGCAGCAAGUUUAUGGUACGACAUGCCAGUGGUAGAUGACUUGCACUCUGACGAGCUCGUGUUCUCCAACUUCGAUUUCCCGUUGUAUCUCCAGCCACAUAUGGAGCUCCGCGUUUGGUACGGCGAAGAUCUGAAGAAUAGGUAUGACGGAGAUAACCAGGGAAGGGUGUGUGUGGACGUGUUUGGUUACGUCAUUGGAGACAUUGGAGGCGGUCAAGGAGGGUCUUCGGGAGGAGGAGGAAACUCACGAGCGCAGGUCCUGUUGAAAGAUCUGAGACAGAGCCUGGGGCACGUUAUGCAGAACAACUGGAAGUAAACAGAAUGAGCUCGACAAAGAUACGCAAAGUGAUAUCAUAAGUCGUGCGAACCUUUGCUUUAGAUGCUGAUUUGAAAUAAACAGCAACUUUAACUUUACUUAUGUUUGACUGAAAUUUUCUAUCUUCACUGAAACAAUACUCUUUCCAUCACAGAAAUCGUUACUCGAUAUUUUGAACCUACCUACGUGUGUAGUACUUAC